AUGCUUCGGCAAGAAUGGGUCGACUCGACCAGAGUAAUUCCACGACCUCACAGAAAACCACAGCGUUGUGUUUCGCCAUAUUCAGUAAUAUUGAUCGGUGUUCGGGUCUUGGAAAGAGACACGCCGCAGCCCUAUUCGAGCUCAGCCAGGGUUGCUGGGCAAACGCAACAUGGUACCGUGGCCAGAGCAGAGCUGGUUAGAGCAGGAGAAGAAACGGCGGGAUUUUUAGCCAUGCCAACAUCAGACGUGCAAGGAGUGUUGGGGAAGAAAGCAUCGCUGCCGUGUGACAUCCAACCGUUACACUCGGAUGAUGACGUGGUGAUGGUGCUGUGGUUCAAGGAGUCUGAUGGAGACCAGCCUUUGUACAGCUACGACAUCAGAGGCCGGUCUAUCAAUCAACCGAAGCUCUGGUCUUCUCCCACGGUCUUCGGGAACAGAGCAUUCUUCCGUGGCAGUGCGACUCCCGCGGUCCUCAUGGUGGACAAUGUGAUAGCCAGCGAUGCUGGCGUUUAUAGAUGCAGGGUAGACUUCAAGAAUUCGCCUACUAGGAACCUCAAAGUUAAUUUUACUGUUAUAAUUCCACCAAAUCGUCCAACGAUAUAUGACGCAAAAAGAAGAGACAGAACGAAACUAGUGGAACCUUACAACGAAGGGUCUAACGUCCUGCUCAUAUGUGAAGUAGAAGGAGGUAGACCAAGGCCACGGGUGACGUGGUAUUUAGAAAAUGUGGUGAUAGACGACUCAUUUGAGCAAAGAGCUGACGGUGUGACGGUGAACACGCUGACGUUCCCCAACGUUGGUCGCCAACAUUUGAACUCUAGGCUUGUCUGCCAAGCCUCCAACACCAACCUCGCACAACCUGAAACUAAAGUUCUUAUUUUAGAUAUAAAUUUAAAGCCAAUAACAGUAAACAUACUUACAAAAGAAAAACAAGUAUCAGCUGACAAAAGGUACGAAGUGGAAUGCAAAACGACAGGUUCAAGACCAGAGGCUUACGUCACUUGGUGGAAGAACAAUAGACAGCUGAAGAGAAUGGCGAAAAAUUUUUCCGAGAACAACGAGACGUUGAGCGUGCUCAGCUUAGUUCCCAGCGUUGAGGACGACGGCAAAUAUUUGACGUGCCGAGCUGAAAACAAACAUAUACAGGACUCUGCUAUCGAAGACAAAUGGAGGCUCAAUGUGCACUGUGAGUACUGA